GGGAUGGGUUGAGUUGAUCCUCUUUUAAUUGGGAUUGUAUUUGUAAGAUAAAAAUACAACUGGGUUAAAAUAUAAAAGUUAAAGAAUUGUCACUCAUCGGAAUGCUAGAUUUUCAAUCAAUUGUAAUUUUUGUGUUAGCAGGUAAAAGUUUUUUAAUUUUUCUAUUAGAAAACAUAAUUACAUGACUCAGAUGGAAAAAAGUCAUAAUUAUGGGCUAUUUACUUAAAUGGACUCAUAAGUUUUUCGAGUUAGAAAUUAGGAGGGGUAAAGUGAUAUUCUCAUAAUUUGGAACUGUGUCAACCCGCGGAUGAAAAGACGGUUCUUGUUCUUCUGCUACUCAUUUUGAAAUAAUAAGGAAAUUAUACAUAAAGGAUGAGAAAUCACAGGUUUUGGCUACCCAUCAUUGGGUCAUUUAAAUUACUCUCCAAUCUAAAGAAAGAUUUAUCAACCAGAAGAAUCCCUUUUUCCAGUCUUGUUCGUUUAUAUUCUACAGUGUGUACGGGCUACUUGUCUCGACUAGUCCAUCGGCAGCUUGCUAGAACCUAUAAGCAUGAGUGUCGGGUAACUCCGUCCACCAAGGCUGAAGCAGAAUUAACUCCUUCUGAAUAUUCAACGGCCAACAAAGAGCUCAGGAAGCUCAGAGAUUCAGUAGAUCUCAUAAGCGAGUUAAGAGCGAAACAGAAGGAGAUUGAGGAACUGAAAUCAGUAAUAUCUGAAUGCCAAGAUGACAAAGACAUGCAGCAGAUGGCUUCUGAAGAAUUGAGUGAAGCCACAGAAGGAGAGAAGAAAUUUCAGGUUCUCCUUCUGAAGUCAUUACUACCCAAAGAUGAUGCUGACGAGAGGGACUGCAUUCUUGAAGUGAGGGCAGGAACUGGUGGGGAAGAGGCUUCUUUAUUUGCGAUGGACAUAUUCAAAAUGUAUGAAAAAUAUUCUGCGAAAAAAGGCUGGAAAUAUGAGGUUCUAGAAGUAGCUGAGUCUGAUCUUAAAGGAUACAAGGAAGCUAUUGCUUCUAUCUCUGGAGCUGGUGUGUACGGGAAACUAAAAUUUGAGAGUGGAAUUCACAGAGUUCAGCGAGUGCCCAUGACAGAGAAGGGUGGACGUGUUCACACCAGUGCUGUCUCUGUUGCAAUUCUCCCACAGGCAGAUCAGCUAGAUGUGAAGUUGAGGAAUGAAGAUUUGAGAAUUGAUACUUAUAGAUCAGGGGGAUCAGGAGGUCAGCAUGCAAAUACCACAAACAGUGCUGUCAGAAUCACUCACAUUCCAUCUGGGAUAACUGUUGCCAUACAAGAUCAGCGCUCCCAGCAUAUGAACAGGGCCAAAGCACUAAAAAUAUUGUGUGCAAAACUAUAUGAAAUUGAGCGACUCAGCAAUCAAUCUAGUAGAUCCAAGCUUCGAAUGGAACAGAUUGGCAGUGGGGACAGAUCUGAGCGGAUCCGCACGUAUAACUUCCCUCAAGGACGGGUUACUGAUCACCGUGUUGGCAUCACAACUCAUUCCAUAGUUGAUGUUCUGCAGGGAGAAGAUUUGGAUGCUUUUAUUGAUGCUCUUCUAUUGCAGGAGGAAAUGGACGCAAUUGCAUCGUUCAGUUCCGCGUAAUGUUAGCUUUCAACAAUUUCGCUGGUUAGUGGUAACCCUUAUAUUUCCUUCAGAUGGAAAGGGUUGGUGGGUGAUUGUGCAUUGAUAAAUUGUUGUUUCCAUUGUGCUUCAAGCAGUCUUAAGAGCAGCAGUUUUUUCCGAAGAAGCUAACCUUCAACUACUUUAGAUGGAGGGAAGUUAAUAAUACGUUUUAGGUAGGGAAGCUGGAAAUAGUGUGCAUAUAAUGUAUGAAGUGCAAGUGUUAUAUGUGCGGCAGGUCCUUUUCUUACUUUUCCUUGGUCCAAACUCGUGGAGAGGGGGCUUUUCUCUCUUUUUUUGGUGCAAUGUUGGAGACUCAAAAGAUUUGACAUUGCAACUACAUUCUGAGCG